AUGUAUCAAAGAGACCAAAACAGCACUCUAUUCUUGGGUGGUGAGCGUACCACUGGUCAAGAUGUUCGUUCAAGCAAUGUACUUGCAGCCGCUUCCAUCGCUAACAUUGUCAAGAGUUCUCUUGGUCCUGUUGGUUUGGAUAAGAUGUUAGUCGACGAAAUUGGUGAUGUCACUAUUACUAAUGAUGGUGCCACUAUUCUCCAAUUACUCGAAGUAGAACAUCCAGCCGGCAAAGUCUUAGUCGAACUUGCUCAACAACAAGACCGUGAAGUGGGUGACGGUACCACUUCUGUUGUCAUCAUUGCAGCUGAACUAUUGAAGCGCGCCAACGAACUUGUGAAGAACAGAAUUCAUCCCACCACUAUUAUCACAGGUUAUCGAUUAGCAUCUAAAGAAGCUUGUCGUUUCAUUGCCAACGAAAUGUCUAUCAAGGUAGAUACUCUUGGCAAAGAAUGUCUCAUUAACGCUGCCAAAACUUCCAUGAGCUCAAAGAUCAUUGGAGCUGAUUCCAACUUCUUUGCCAAUUUAGCUGUCGAAGCAAUGCUGGCUGUUAAAACAACAAAUAUCCGUGGCGAAAACAAAUACCCUGUCAAAGCAGUAAACAUUUUAAAAGCACAUGGUAAAUCUGGCCUUGAGUCUCAGUUUGUGCGUGGCUAUGCGCUCAACUGCACUGUUGCUUCACAAGCAAUGAAGAAGCAGAUCAAGAAUGCAAAGAUUGCUUGUUUGGACAUGAAUUUACAGAAAACACGUAUGAAUCUCGGCGUCAAUAUUGUUAUUGAUGAUCCCGAUAAAUUGGAAGAUAUCCGUAAGAGAGAAAUCGACAUCACAACUGAACGUAUCAAAAAGAUUCUGGAUACGGGCGCCAAUGUCAUUUUAACAACGAAGGGUAUUGAUGAUUUAUGUCUUAAAUUAUUCGUCGAAGCUGGUGCUAUGGCCGUUCGUCGUUGUAAGAAAGAGGAUCUGAAACGAAUUGCUAAAGCCACAGGAGCCACAUUGAUCUCCUCCUUGGCUAAUUUGGAAGGCGAGGAAACCUUUGAAGCCGGUUAUCUCGGUCAAGCCGAAGAAGUUGUUCAAGAACGCAUUUCUGACGAUGAAUGUAUCUUGAUAAAGGGAACUAAAAUUCAAAACUCUGCCUCUGUUAUUCUGCGUGGUGCCAAUGAUUAUAUGUUGGAUGAAAUGGAACGUUCUUUACAUGACUCACUUUGCGUCGUUAAAAGAACUCUCGAAAGUAACAGCGUAGUGCCUGGUGGUGGUGCUGUUGAGUCAGCCUUAAGUAUAUAUCUCGAGAAUUUUGCUACAAGUUUAGGAUCACGUGAACAGUUGGCUAUUGCCGAGUUCGCCAAUGCCUUGCUUGUUAUUCCCAAAACCCUUGCUGUCAAUGCUGCGAAGGAUUCAACUGAAUUGGUUGCCAAACUACGUGCUUAUCAUAAUACAGCUCUUAACGCGGAUGCUGAUGAUCGUAAACGUGCACUCAAGUGGUAUGGUCUUGAACUGAUCAAUGGUAGUGUCCGUGAUAAUGUCAAGCACGGUGUAUUAGAACCAACCAUGUCCAAGAUAAAAUCCUUGAAGAGUGCUGUUGAAGCUGCUAUUGCUAUUUUAAGAAUUGACGAUUUCAUCAAGGUGGCUCCUGAGCCAAAGGGUAACCCUGAGGAUGAUGGUCAUGGUCAUUAA